UUCUUCUUCCACACGCAAUUCCCCACACAUUGCAAAACCGCUCCCAGCUACUGCCGCGCCAGUGAUCUUGUCUUUCCAGAAUCACCACCCCAUUUUUUUUUCUGGUUUUGCGCCCUCUGUUUGCGUUCAAAGGAACACGUGCUAGCCGCCCAAAACCCAGCGUUAGCCGCCGACCCGCCAGCGUCUGAACGGCCAAGCCACACACAAAAAAAAACACGCCAAGACACCAGCGACCACCACACGCCAUGUCGCUGUCCCCGGUCCGAAGCCUGGCGCAAAACACCGGUCCCGGCGACUCGCCGCUGUCACCUUCGCAGUCACAGUCUCAGUCACAGUCACAAUCACAGUCACAAACACAGCCCACCGUGCCCUCGUCGCCGCUUCUUUUUUUGUCCAGCUCGCUGAACCCGGGCUCCGACAUGCGCCCGUCCUCGCAGCGCCGUGAGGUGUCGUCGCCGCUCCACUACACGUCGCUGAGCCGCCACCCAACGUCAGACUUGGCGCGCCAGCGGUCGGACGGCGUGGUUUCGGGCGUGGACCGCAUCGUGCGGCGCCCCGUUCGCUCGGACUUGAACGCGGACGCGCUGUCCUCGCCGCGGCGCAGGCGCAUGUUCGACGACCGCCACCCGUCGUCGUCCCUUGGCGCGGGCGACCCGCUGCUGGACAGCUCGCAGCCACAGCUGGACAUGUACGGCCUGGACGAGCCCGUGCGCGUCAUCUGGGGCACCAACGUGUCGAUCCAGGAUUGCAGCAACGCGUUCCGCGACUUCUUGAUGCUGUUCAAGAUGAAGUACCGCCGCAUCCUCGACAACCAGCCUGUGGAGCCCGAGGACCUGGAGCUCUACUACGUGGGCCAGUUGAACGCCAUGAAGGACUUGGGCACCACAAACUUGAACUUGGACGCGGCCAACUUGCUUGCCUACGCGGCCACCAAGAAGUUGUACUACCAGCUCAUUAACUACCCGCAGGAGGUGAUCCCCAUCAUGGACCAGACAGUAAAGGACUGCCUCGUGUCGCUCUUCUCGGAUCCGGCCGCGGUGCCCGCGUCCAUCGACGACAUCGAGACCAACAUCUACACCAUCCGUCCGCACAACAUCAAUGCCGUGCGCAGGGGCAUGCGCGAGUUGAAUCCGAACGACAUCGACAAGUUGGUCAGCGUCAAGGGCCUUGUGUUGCGCGCCAGCGCCAUUGUCCCGGACAUGAAACAGGCGCUAUUCAAGUGCAGCGCCUGCGACCACACAGUCGCCGUGGAAAUCGACCGCGGAAUCAUCUCCGAGCCCACCAAGUGCCCACGCUUGGUGUGCUCGCAAAAGAACACCAUGAGCAUCAUCCACAACCGCUCGUCCUUUGCUGACAAGCAGGUGAUUAAAUUGCAGGAGACGCCGGACUUGGUUCCGGACGGACAGACCCCCCACUCGAUCAACUUGUGUGUAUACGACGAGUUAGUCGAUACGUGCAGGGCGGGAGACAGGAUCGAGGUGUGCGGAAUCUUCCGGUCCUUGCCAGUGAGAGUCAAUUCCCGCCAGCGGGCGUUGAAAAACUUGUACAAGACUUACUUGGACGUCGUCCACAUCAAGAAAAUCGAUGCCAAACGGCUCGCAGCUGAUGCUUCUACCGUCCAGCAGCAGGCUACUGAGACCCAGGAGGUCGAGCAAAUGCGUAAAUUGACUGCAGAUGACGUUGCCCGAGUGAAGGAAAUCUCACAGAGAGACGACUUGUAUGAGUUGUUGGCUCGCUCGUUGGCCCCAUCUAUCUAUGAGAUGGACGACGUGAAAAAGGGCAUCUUACUUCAGUUGUUUGGUGGAACCAACAAGCAGUUUCGCAAAGGCGGUCGCUACAGGGGUGACGUAAACAUCUUGCUUUGUGGAGAUCCCUCCACGUCGAAGUCGCAGAUAUUACAGUAUGUGCACAAGAUAGCACCCAGAGGUAUUUAUACUUCCGGUAAAGGUUCUUCUGCCGUUGGUUUGACGGCGUAUAUCACGCGAGAUGUCGACACAAAGCAGCUCGUCUUGGAGUCUGGUGCAUUGGUUCUUUCCGAUGGCGGCAUUUGUUGUAUCGAUGAAUUUGACAAGAUGAGUGACACAACGAGAUCGGUCUUGCACGAAGUGAUGGAACAGCAAACAAUCUCCAUCGCCAAAGCUGGUAUCAUCACCACUCUCAACGCCAGAACUUCGAUCUUGGCAUCUGCAAAUCCAAUCAAUUCUCGUUACGACCCCAACUUGCCCGUGACCUCCAAUAUUGACUUGCCUCCUCCAUUAUUAUCUCGUUUUGACCUCGUGUACUUGAUUCUCGAUCGUGUCAAUGAGUCCAUGGAUCGCCAAUUGGCCAGCCACAUUACCGAUAUGUACUUAGAAGAUGUGCCCAAUUCCGUGUCUGCGCACCUGAUUUUGCCAGUUAAUGAUUUGAGCACAUACAUCCAAUAUGCAAAGGAGAAUUGCAACCCGGUGAUCACAAACGAGAGCAAGAAUGAGUUAGUGAGAGCUUACGUGGAAAUGAGAAACCUCGGAGACGAUUUGCGGUCUUCCGAAAAAAGAAUCACCGCGACUACGAGACAGCUAGAGUCCAUGAUUCGGUUGUCAGAAGCACAUGCGAAAAUGCGUUUGAGUCCUCAUGUCGAGCUCAUUGACGUAAAGGAAGCCGUGCGCUUGAUCAAGUCUGCGAUCAAGGACUACGCCACAGACCCAAAGACGGGUAGAAUCGACAUGGACAUUGUACAAACCGGUACCACUGCAGCUCAAAGAAGAAUGCGCGAGGCUUUGGAUGUCGAAGUUCUUGCUGUGCUCGAGGGUGUUAAUGGAAAGAGAUUCAACGAAUUGGCCACUGCCGUAAACGAGAAGCUGAGUAUCAGAGUGGAAAAUCUGGAGCUUCUCGAAAGCUUGCGCAGAUUAAGUGAAGAAGGCAAGAUUCAAGAGACCGGUGAGUCCCAUCGGAAGUCCUACAAAAAGGUGGCCUUUGUUUAGUCCACUUAAUAAAACGUUAACUUGCGCUACAUAUUGUAUCAUACUUAUAUUCUAUUAUCAUAACUUAUCAUAUCCUCAGUCUAUUGCAUG